ACUUGGAAAUUUUCUGUUCGCAUAGAUUUAUGACAUUUCAAAUGAAACCGGUAGUUAUUAUCGAUCAAAUACCUUAGGGUGGUUUAAAGAAAAUCUUCGUUAAAAUGACAUGACACCAUCAAGCCUCAAAAUGAAUAAAGUUGACGCCUAGCUACAUCUGGCCUGCGAUGUAUUUACAGAGCCCGUAACCUGGCAGUGUCUUUCCGUGUGGUUAGCGUAAAAUGGCAGACGGUGGCGAAGUGAAUGCCAGGGACAAAGAAUCAUUGAUGAUCAUACAGCUACGUAGGAUAUUCUACUUCGAUGAACAAAAAUCUCGUGACUCAAACGCUUUAAAGGAAUUAAAGAUUCUCCUCAAACAUCAUACACCCCAAUCUCUGCAUGGCCAUGGAAAAGAAUUUGAUGAGAUUUUUGAGUCUUUAGUUCAUGAUAGAAAGAUACAGUUGGGUAAUUACAACUUUUUAUACGAUGCUGUAUCAAAAAUUGAUCAGGAAGCUGCGCAGAAGGUUAAAGACUGUCAGGAUACGAUAAACAACAUUCUAAAAGAGGAUUCAAAUAACAAAGAUAACAAGAUAGAAUCUGGUAUGCAACCAAAGAAAUUACCAAAACAGAUGGAAGAUCAAGCCGUAAGCUUACAAUAUGAAGAUGAAGAAACGAAACUUCAAAACUUCUUAAAAGCUCUUUCACUGCCACCAGUUAAAGAAGACAGAAAAUCAGAAUUUAAGCAGUCUAAAAUUUUCAAAGAAGAAAUGAAGAACAGAUUCCUAACAACAAAGCAUUCGACACAAGCACAAGUGGCUAUAGGGGACGAGGAAAGCUAGUAUCCAUAUAGGGUUAUAUCGUGUGAUAUAUAUGGUCGUAUUCACCUUGACAAACUGAUAAUUCCAUAACUUUGAACUAGGGUAUCUUCACUUUUCAUGUACAUGUAUGUGAAAUUUGGCGAUAGAAAUGCAGUCAUAAGUGUAGAAGAGUCGCAGUACUCGGAUACAACGAAGUCUUCGAAUGUACACCUGAUAAUGCAUGUUUUUCUUAAAUGUUUAAUAGAAAAAUUGAAAAAAUUAUAUCAUUAUCUGUCACUCACAAUCAAUAGGUCUGCUACACGUACAUGUAGAUGAAUUUUCAAUUAAGAAAUAUUUCAAAUUGACAGACAUAAUCACUAAAAAUCAUUACAACAAGCAUGAAUUAUAAUUUUGUAAGUAUAUAUAUAUAUAUAUAUAUAUAUAUAUAUAUAUAUAUAUAUAUAUAUUAUAUGCGGAAAAAAGAAAUUGUGCAUUAUUUAAUAUAUGAAAAAAUAAUAAAAAUAAUAAUAUACAAAUUUUAUUUUUUGUAAUACUGUUAACAAAUGUAUUCGUUACAACAUUUAAUAAUCCAUUAAUGUUAACGUGGAAUAACGUCAAUUUCAGCACACUCGAAAGACACUGGUAUUCGAACUUGAAUUAACAAAGUUAAUAACACGUGUGACCACCAUUUGCAUUCACGCAUGCUUGACAACAGCGCCUCAUUGAUGCCACUAAAAUGUUCAGAAAUACUUGAGGGAUGUUGUUUAAAGUCUGGCCUAAAUCAGCCAAUGUCACUGGCUGAUUUGGUAAACGGCGUAGACGUCGUUCCAUUUCAUCCCAGACGUGCUUGAUCGGCGAUAAAUCGGGGGAAACAGCUGAUCAAGGCAAGACAUCGACAUUCUGUUGAACAAAAAAAUCCCUGACUACACGUGCAACAUGUGGCCUUGCGUUGUCUUGCUGCAGAGUGAUGUGAUUUUGCUGUCUCUGUAUGAAGGGUAUCACAUGGCGCUAAACAAUUUCAUCUCGAAAGCGUACGCCGGUGAGAUUUCCAUUGACAAUUUGUAGAGGGGUCCUUCCACGUGUUGUUAUUCCAUCCAACACCAUAACGCUACCUCCACCGAAUUGUCCACGUUGCACAACACAAGCGUCCUGGUACCACUCCCCAACGCGACGAUACAAUCUAAAACGGCCGUCACUGCUAUCCAAAUGAAAUCUGGAUUCAUCAGUGAACAGAAUAUUGGCUCAGUCCUGUAUUUUGAAUCGCAGAUGUCGUCUGCAUCACGCUAGUCUAGCGAUACGAUGACGUUGAAGCAGUAUUGGGCGCACCGCUGGACGUCUUGGUCUGAUGUUGUGCUCGCACAGACGAUUACGCACAGUUCUUGGACUGAUUAGUCGAAGUCCAGGAAUGCUACGAGCAGUCAAACUUGCUGUCUGCAAACGAUUUCUCAAAUGCACACGUCUAUUGUGGUUGUCCUGUCGACGCGACGUCACACGAGGACGCCCAGAAUGUGGUCGAUACUGAGUGUUAUCAGAUUGUUGGAAACGUCUCCAUAAUGACUGGAUGGUGUUCCGAUAAACUCCAAAGUGUCUUGCUACGAUAUUUUGUGCCAUUCCAGCUUGAAGCAUCCCAACAGCACGAUUACGUUGGUUUUCGCCGAGUGAUGGCAUGACAGAAGGGUAACUUUUGUCAAAACUAAAGUGCUUUCCUUAACGAAUAGUGUCAAACAAACCUUUUACACUUCUUACUCCAAACAGUAUUGGACAGUAAAACUCGUGCGUACGAACAUUUCAAUUAACAGCAUGUGUUCACUAGCCAUGAAAAAGUCCGUGCAUCUGAGUUGGGUACUAUCUGAUAUUGUUAAAAAAAACAUCACCUUUAUCGAUUGUUUAGAUUUUAUAAAUACAAACAAUAAAUAUAGAAAAAUUA